AUGGCCGACAACAAAUCUCAAUCUCUCCUCCACCGCACCGGCGACACGCUCUUCACCUUCGUCGCUCUCUACCUCACCACGCUCUUCAGCCUCGACACCUGGGCGGCCGCCCGCGGCUCGCCGUAUCGCGCCCCCGGCAGCACCAACACCUACUUCCGGCCCGCCAACACACCCCCGCCACCCGACAGCUACCAAGGGGGCAUGCAUGGACGCGGAAAUGCCGGGCCGAGGACUGGAGGAGACGAGAGCAGAAGGAGAGAUGUGGGCCGGGUUCCGGGGGCGAGGGAUUCGCGACCACCGAUGCAGCUGUGGGGGACGGCAAGCUGUGGGGCGUGUAUGGGCUGA